AUGAAAGAAAACAAAACUAGAGAAGAAAGCUAUCCAGUGGUUCCAACGGACAGAAUAUUAAGAAAUUUUAAGCAGUUAUCUCAUCAUAAUGAUUCAAUUUCUCAAAUGGCAUCUUGGCUUUCUUUCUAUAGAAGCUCGGGGGAACAACUUUGUUCUCUUUUUGGAGAAGCCUUUGUAGAUAAAAGUUUAAGAGAGGAAGAAAGAUUGGCUAUAUUUUAUGUAUUCCAUGAAAUGGUAACCAGAACAAUUACUAUAGAUGAUGAGUCAAGAAAGUUCUUUCUAAUAGGAUAUGAACAAUUUCUUUUGACAGCCGCUCCUAUUAUUAGUAGAUUAACUUUUGAACAGAGAUCUCCAUACUUACAAGUAGUACGUCUUUGGCAAGCUCACCAAAGAUUUCCUCAAAACGUAUGUGAGAGGUUAAGGCUACUAUUUAACUCUCAGUCUGGAAACCAAGAAAGUUUAAGGAACCCAUCCAUUUUAGAUAAAAGAGACAAAAAGUUUACCUUGGAUAUAAUAAAGUCCUUAAACAGAAUCAAAGAAGGCUACGAACUUGCAGUCAAGGCUGGAAGUAACAGGGAAAUUGCUACAAAUGACGGUGGCAACACAAAUAACGCCGAAACCAAAACGGUCACUGACGAUGCUAAUUCUGACACCAUAAUAAUUGACACCUCGUUCUCCACCGAGCCACGGAGUUUGGCACCAGAGGAAACGGAAAAGAUUAUGAGACAAAGCAUAGAACAAUACAAGGAAAGUCUAGACAAAAUCACAGAUGCCUCAAUUCUUUUGUCUCAAUGCCUACAAGACGAGCUCAAAUCGUUUAAUGAUAUAAAAAGAAUUCUUGAGGAAAUCUCAACGGAAGACCGAGAAGAUUAA